AUGAGAAUCUCGCCAAAAUUCCUUUUUUCGCGGCGAAGACGCUCCUUCACCAUCAUAUUCACAAUCAUCACCCUAACAUUUCUUUAUAUCUUUGUACUCCCUCUCAGAUCUCACCCUUCAGUACAAGAACUCGCAAAGUUCACCGAAAAAUGGGAACAAGAUGCAAUGGCUCUCUUUCAAAAACAAUCACAACAAGAACAAGAGAUUCUUAAACAACAAUCCGACUUUGAAAGGUUUGGCCCUGCAGAUGGUGAUGAUCCAAAUGGACUCCAGCCACAGGACUUUUCAGGAACAUUUGACCCUUCAUACAAAGAUACUCCAAAAGAUGGCCGUUUCGCUUCCCAUGAUGCUUGGCGACCUGAUGAUUCCUAUGAUAUUGACAUUGAGGCACUCUCUCGUCUCAGACCUCAUGCUCCAAGACUCGCAAAGUUCCGCAACAAGGCAGAAUACCUACGCCAGCCUAUUGUUGCAGACUACCCCGCAAACGCUUCAACUCUCUUUGUCAUGAUGAAGGAAGGUGCAAAUGUAUUGUGGAAUCGUGUCCCAGUUCAUCUUCUUACUUCCUUUACUCAGAUACCCUAUUUUGCUCUAUAUGCAGACAUUGGAGGUUCUAUUGCCGGCCACGAAGUUAUUGAUAUUUUGGCAAACGUAACUGAUGAAACUAAAAGUACAAAAGAUUUCCAGCUUUAUCACAAACUCAAUAGUAUCCGUGAUACAAAUGUAAUUCUCGACCCAGGUGAGCUUAAAGUCUCUGGUGGAUGGGCUCUUGAUAAGUAUAAAAAUAUGCCAAUGCUCCACCAUGCUUAUCAAACAGCCCCAUCUUCUGUCAAUUGGUUUAUCUUUAUGGAUGGAGAUUCAUACUUUUUCUGGGAAAACCUUAUUGAGUAUCUCAGUACCCUUGACCCCACAAAGCCAAUUUAUCUCGGCUCCCCAACUAGUUUCCGCGGCGUCGCCUUUGCCCAUGGCGGCACCGGUGUUGUCAUCUCCAGAAAAGCAAUGGAUAUGACCCUUGGAGAACAUCCUGAAUGGGUUCACGAACUUGAAGAAGAAACUAGUCGCUCAUGCUGCGGUGACUACAUGGUGGGCUAUAUGCUUAAACAGGCAAACAUUUCGCUUUCUAAAAACGAACAAAACAAUGUCAAAAAAAAGUUUCAAGGUGAAUCACUUUGGAGUAUCGAGGCUGGUAACCACACAUGGUGCGACCAGAUUAUCAGUUUCCAUCAUCUCUCGCCACUUGAUGUUGAAAUCCUUUGGGAAUAUGAACGUCUCAUUGGUCCUGAAAAACGCAAAAGUAUCACUUAUAGUGACAUUUACCGCGAUUUUGUCCAGCCCUAUAUUGUAGAGGAGCGUGCUGAUUGGAACAAUUAUGCCAAGGAUAAAACUUUUUCUGAGGAUAAAGACAAGAAGGAUAUUGAAAAUAAGCGCAAAAAGGAAGAAGAGAAACGCAAGAGGGAAGAAGAAAAAAAGGCAAAGAGGGAAGCAGAAAAAGAAGAAGAAGCUGGUGGUAAAAAGGAAAAGAGAGAUGAUACACAGGGGAAAAGCGAGACAGAAAAAAGGCGUGAACAAGAAGAACUUAAAAAGAAGGAAGAAGCAAUAGUUAUGGAGCUUGUGAAAAAACUUGGUUCUAGACCAUAUCAUUCACUUGAUCUUUGCAAAAAGGAAUGUGAAAAAUGGGACCAGUGUCUUUCAUGGCGCUACUUCCCUGAGCUCAAGACUUGUGGGCUGGGGAAAACAGCCAAACUUGGGCGACCGACAAAUGAUGCGGUUCGCCAAAAGUUUGAAAAUAAUAAGGAGGGAGUAUACAAAAAUUCACGUUCUGGAUGGCGCAUUGAACGGAUUCGUAAAAUUCGCAAGAUUCAAAAAUGUGAUAUAAUAUACAAUGAUACCAGACAAGCAAACGAUGAACAAUACCUCCAGUUUAUCAAGGAUAAUCAAGUAGAGGAUAAUUACGAAGGAUGGUAUGUCCGUAAACAGUUUAAUAAGGGCAAAGUGACCGACAAGAGCAUAAAAUUUUUUAGAGAGGCUCCUAUACAACAACAACAACAACAAGCAACUACUGAAACAAAAACCCCAUAG